AUGACGGAUUCUGGUAGUGAUGAUGAGGUUCAAAACAAAAUAAAUCUGAAAGUGAAGACUACUACGGAAGGCUAUGAUGUUAUGGUGUCGGAAAAAGCUACCGUUUUAAAGGUUAAGGCAGUAUUGUCAGAAAAAAUUAAUCAACCACCUGAAAAACUUUGUCUCAUAUUUUCCGGGAAGAUUCUGAAAGAUCAUGAGACACUCAAUAAACUUUCGAUUAGAGAUGGUAUGGCGAUUCAUCUUGUUAUACGUAAUUCACAGCGGCCCGCUGCAGCUAGCACUGCUUCUGGAACUGGAUCAACUCCAAGUGCAACAUUGGGAGGAAAUCCGAUGGGUGGUGCAUUAGGAAUGGCGCAGCACAUGAUGCAAAACCCGGAUGCAAUACGCGAGAUGACGAACAGCCCAAUAGUUCAAUCAUUGUUGAACAAUCCAGACAUAAUACGGUCACUGAUUGCUGAUAAUCCACAAAUUCAGCAAGUUAUUGAGUCAAAUCCUGAGCUUGGCCAUUUGUUGAAUGAUCCGGAAGUUAUUCGACAAACGAUCGAGAUGGUGAGAAAUCCGAGUAUGUUCCAAGAGUUAAUGCGUAGCCGAGACCAAGCAAUACGGAAUCUUCAGGGUAUUCCGGGUGGACAAGCAGCGUUACAACGUUUAUACCAGGAUGUACAGGAACCACUGUUGAACAGUGCAACAAGUACUUUUGCUAACAAUCCUUUCGCAACUUUAGCAGAUAAUUCCAAUAAUACAGCAUCACGUAGCCAACAUGCAGGUGUUGAAAAUGCCGAAGCAUUGCCAAAUCCUUGGGGUAAUGCUACCAACACAUCUGGUUCCACUCCUGCUAGUACAGGCCUUGGUAAUGGUGCUUCUCAAUCUUCCGCAAAUUUACUGGCUGAACUUGCAAAUACCCUUGGUAUGCCGGAAAAUCCACCAAUGUUAUCUGACUCGAAUGCUUAUACACGACUGCUCAAUAGCGAGGCGUUUACUAAUACUAUGAAUAUGAUUCGACAGAAUCCAUCGUUGUUAUCACAGAUGCUAGCAUCAGGCCCCGCAGUUUCAUCGACUAUGGAGCAGUACAUACGGAAUGCUAUGCCACAUUUUCGAAAUACCAUGCAAAAUCCAGAAAUGUUGCGAACAAUUUCUAAUCCGAGAGUGCUCGAAGCAUUCCAUCAAAUUCACACUGGCAUGGAUACUUUACGUCGUGAAGCUCCACAGCUUCUACCUCCUGGAUUUUUUUCAACCGCUGCAGCAGCGACUACGACGACACCCAGUACAAAUGCUAGUGAUUCAACUACAACUGGCACAGCACAAGGUACGGGAACAACGGCAACAACGACUUCCUCCGCUCCGACUACCGAACAAGCAAUGAUGAUGCUUAAUUUAAUUAGACAAAUGACUGGCGCUACUCUUGGUGGGUCAACACAACCACCAGAAGAGCGUUAUCGUAGUCAGUUAGAGCAAUUGACAAGUAUGGGAUUCAGUAAUCAAGAAGCGAAUAUUCAAGCAUUACUGGCAACGUUUGGUGAUGUAAAUGCCGCUAUCGAUCGACUUCUGAGUGGUGCGGGACAGCAGUGA